AGCGAAUCGACACGUUGCCUCGCCGCAAGAAACGGCAGCAAAACAACGGAUUUGUUCGUGGUCGUUCUACACAUUUUCAAACCUCCAGUAACUAAAAUUAUUCCCUGUUUAUCUUGAUUUUUCAGCGCAUGUGUGGGUACUAAACAUCAUGAUUCUCGUACAAUGGAUUGAUAUCAAAAUAGUCAAACAAAGAGACUAUAAAGGUAUAUUCAAUCGCAAUAAAAUGGUGCAGCAGUGCUAUUUGUGUAAAAUUUAUAAACAUCAGGCUGGAGCGGAAUCUUUAAAAUUUAAUUCAACCCGGAAAGGAGAAAAAGGUGGUUGUCGGCCUUUGGAUUCGAGGAAAAGCAUCAAUUUCCUAAGAGGGUUAUGUUCCAAGCGUUUUGGAGAAAAUGCGUUUGUUUAUGGAAGUGAGGGACAAAAGACACUCAAGCGGGAUGUGAUUCCUCUCAUCUCUCAUUCUUUGUUUGAUCCUGCAGUAAGCACCAGUUCAGAAUCAUCUGUAAGUCCAGAGAAGCAAGAAGACUCAGAUUGUAGUACUAUAUCUGCCAUUUCAAUCACUUGUGAGGGGACUCCUGCUAAAAAAAGGCGAGAUUCGAACUCGCGGCCCGGCCGACCGGCUGAUCAGUAG